CUCAACAACACAGACUGGGAGCUGGAGCCGGAGCUGGAGCAGCGGAAUAAAAUAAGAUAGGCUAAUGUAAAAUGUAUUCUGGACUUUGCUUCAGUGAUUCCCUUUGAUCCAGCUGGUACAGUGGCACAGCUUAGUGCUCCUCUCUGAACAACUGCCAGUGUAAUAGUGUUGUAGAGAAUGUCAGAGAGACAGGGACUGAGGGCAGACUCCACCCACUUCACUUUAGAUGGAGCCCCAUUUCGGAUCCUCGGAGGCUCCAUCCAUUACUUUCGGGUCCCCAGGGCGUACUGGAGAGACCGGCUGCUCAAACUCAAGGCCUGUGGUCUCAAUACUCUCACCACGUACGUACCGUGGAAUCUUCAUGAACCAGAAAGAGGAGUUUAUCGUUUUCAGGAGGAGCUGGAUCUGGAGGGAUACAUUCGUCUAGCAGGGGAAUUAGGCCUUUGGGUGAUUCUGCGUCCGGGGCCGUACAUAUGUGCCGAGUGGGAUUUGGGUGGGUUACCAAGCUGGCUGCUGCAGGACAAGAAAAUGAAAUUAAGAACGACCUACUCUGGUUUCACAAGUGCUGUGAACUCAUACUUUGAUAAACUCAUUCCGAGAGUCACACCCCUCCAGUUAAAAGUCUUGCAGACAGUGAACCUACAGAAACUGACGUUUGGUGAUGUACAGCAUUUAGCAGAACUGCAGCCACAGAAGCCGCUGAUGGUGAUGGAAUAUUGGUCUGGCUGGUUUGAUGUUUGGGGGGAACCUCAUCAUGUUUUCUCUGCGCCAGAAAUGAUCUCUAUAGUGCGAGAGCUUCUGGAUCGUGGCAUCUCCAUCAAUUUCUACAUGUUUCAUGGAGGAACCAGCUUUGGAUUCAUGAACGGCGCUUUUGACUUGGGAACCUACAAACCACAGACGAGCAGCUACGAUUAUGAUGCUCCACUGACUGAAAGUGGUGAUUAUACAACCAAGUAUCAUCUCUUGAGGAACCUGCUGAGCUCCUACAGCAAUGAGCCGAUAUCAGAGCCGCCAGCUGUGCAGAGCAGAAGAGCUUAUGAGCCGCUGGCAGUUACUCAUUAUAUUUCACUAUGGGAGAGUCUUCAAUGUGCAGAAACACUUUUCAGAGCUGAUGAUCCUGUCAACAUGGAGAGCCUUCCUGCAAACCACAACAAUGGUCAGUCCUAUGGAUACACACUCUAUCAGACUGACAUUUAUUCAGGUGGAGAUCUCAACUCAAGGAACCAUGUUCGUGACAGAGCUCUAGUGUUUAUUGACAGAGAACUCAUUGGUGUUUUAGACAAUAGAACACAGAAAGUUAAAAUACCUCACAGUAAGAGUGAGAGGACCUUGAGUUUGCUUGUUGAGAACUGUGGACGAGUUAACUAUGGUCCAGCUCUUGACAACCAACAGAAAGGGCUUGUUGGUGAUAUAACUCUGGACAAUGUACCUCUAAAAAAGUUCACCAUGCACUGUUUGGAUAUGAAGACCAGUUUCAUAAACAGACUGCAGUCUCAGAAAUGGACGUCUGUUGGUACGAAGCCCACCUACCCUGCGUUUUUCAGAGGAUCCCUGGUAGUGGAUCAGCCCACAGAUACUUUUUUGAAGCUGCCAAAUUGGAGUAAAGGGGUGGUUUUUGUGAACGGGCAAACUCUUGGACGCCACUGGUCAGUUGGUCCUCAGAAAGCCCUCUAUCUUCCUGGUCCCUGGCUCAGGAGUGGAGAUAAUGAGAUUGUUGUUUUUGAGGAACUCAAAGCUGCGGAAACAAUCCAGUUUGCUGAAAAUCUAGAAUACGGCAAGACAGUCGAAGUAUCCACACAACUGUUUUGCACCCUCAUAUGAAACACACCUGCAGCUUUACAAUGAAUCUCAGGCUUACAUCCAUCAAAACAGAUCUGAACUUGAAUUACUUAAAGCAAGACAUCACAAGUGAAGAGUACAGAUUCAGCAAUAGACUUCCCCAUUUGAUUAAUCAUAUCAUUAAGACAACUGUUUUGUAUUACAGGUUUUCUGAACUAUGUUUGAAUAUGCACAUGAGACAUUAUCUGAUUAAAUAUGUACUAAUUUGCAAACAUUUCCAGAACAGUAGUCUUAACACUGGAUAAAGCCAGAUUUUGAUCUCUUUCUAUAACUCUAUACAUCAGAAAAUACUGUCAAAAGCAAGAAAAAAGGCACUUUCAACUUAGAACUUUUAACUUAUAUACAAAGAAAACCCCUCUGUAAAAACCUUGAGAAUUUAAAGGGUUAGUUCACCCAAAAAUGAAA